GGUGUUUCGCGCACACGUGUUCAGUCGGCCGUCCGCGGAGCAUCAACGACGUGCGCGUUCCUCUCGCAGCCGGACACGCCACACGCGCCGGUCAAGUCGUACGGCGGCACGGUCGAGCGCGCGCGCGCGCGCGAAGACUAUCGCUGCACUCGCACCCGCGAGAGACUCGCACCCACGUCGGUCACCGCUGUUGUGGUUCGCGAGCACCCACGCGAUACACACUCCGGUCCAGUCCCGUUCCGGAUAGACGGCCGCUGCGUUUUUGGGCGGCAAAUUUUUCUAUCAAAUUCGACCCCCCCCCCUCACCACCGAUCCAUCACCCCCAGAACCCUUUCCGUUUGCGUUUUCCACCACACAGCCGAGUUGCCGCGUGCGCCCCUCCCCCUCCAGAUCGUUUGUCUUCCGCCGUUCCCGAUGGGUUAAUCGCGGCGAAUGACCACUGUCACCGCCGCCGUCAUCGACAAAAUUACGAUCGUUGCCAUCGCACCAAACACAUGUUAGAGUUAAGUGUUUGGGGUGCCGGCGGCGGAUGCAAGGUCAAAGAGAUGGCGUGGUUUGUACACCGGUAGGGCAAACACGGAGGGGCUGAAGAGCGCCCUGGCCCGGCUUCGGCAGAGGACCUCUGGACAGUCCCAUGAGAACAACACUGCAGAACCCACUCGCCAUCAUGCUCACGCAGGUGGUGGCUGGACUCCAGCCGGCGUUGACGUGGUCAGCGGCACGGGCAAACACCGAAUGGCGGUUCUCGUGAGGAAGUCGGCGCCGGGAUCCCCCACGCCGUCGUCGGCUUCCAGUUACGGUACCGCGUCAUCCGGUAACGAUCUCAUCGCUAGCGCGUCCAGCGCACUGCGCCGGCUCCACUUCAAGUCUGCCGGCGCCCAACGCAUGCUCAACCGGACCAAACAACAACAACAACAAUUGCAACAACAACAACAACAACAACUGCAACAACAACAGCACCACCAGAACGUGCAGCACCAACAGCCGCAAUCGCAGCAAUCGUCGCCGGUGCCCAAGCUCAAGGUGUUCGGGUCCAGCUCGGUGUCCAUCGAAUCGUCGGUCACGGUCAACACCAGCACCGACUCGUCCGCGGCCACGAUGACCACGGUUACCGAUGACACGGAAAAUGAGGACAAUUUAGACAACCCGUUCGAACCGAAAAUGAGGAUCAUUCCGAACCUGUUGGACGAAGUGCUCAACGGUACUCAGUCAUCGUCGUCCGCGGAAAAAGACGACGAGUUCUACAGCGCGUCCAGCACCGAAGAACAGCCCAGGGACGACCCAAAGGCCGUUUUCACCGUCCAGGACACAGCACCCGAGGAAUACGAGGACAGUGGCAUGCCUCUGAUGCAGUACACUACGUUGCCGAGUAGCUUUCACCACCAUCAUCACAAAAACAACAACUACAACAACAACAACGACAACAAGACCAACAACAACUACGGUAAGGACGGUGGUGGCGUGGAGGAAAACACCAUCGCGGAAGCCGAGGACUUCCGGCCAUCUGACAGGGACCGGAACGCGGACGACGAUGCGGACAACACUCUGGAAUGGCGUAACAUCAUGAAGCGGCAAGCGCUGCUCGAGAACCUUCACCGAAACACCAUUAUAGCAAACAAGAGACUAAAACUUCUUUCAAGAAGAUAUGCUAAAAGCCGUUUCGAAGAGGACAGGACUCGAACAGAAAUCGGUCGAAACUCGUCGGGUUUUGCAGCCGAACAGAUGACAAUCGACAGCGAAGACUCUUUCCAAGUAGACAAUGGGUCGCCACCCAUUCCUUCAUCGCCGACUGGUCUCCCGGGGUCACCUACCUGCGACGACGAAUCGUCUCCUACCAAGUCCAAACAGCAUUUUACGUUCCCCACGGUCAACGAAACAGACGAACCUAAAGAUCCUACAAAAAGGAGACCGUCGUCGGUGUACAACCGGACGCCAAACUGGAACAACAAGGAGCGGAAAGGCUCGGCGGUGCUGCUGGACGCGUUGGUCAUCAACAAGAGCCAAUCGGCUGCGGUCGUCAUGUCGGACACGGGACAAGUGGCCACGAUCGUCGUCCAACAGCCUUCGCUGUCGGCCAACUCGCCGGAACAGGGGCACGAGGGGUGCCAGACGGCGCCCGUCGAACUGCCGAUCGACUUCAACCGGUGGCCCGACUUCGCCAACAGCAUAAGUUCGCAACAGUAUCAUGACUUUCAGAUGAAGUAUGGGAGUCCUCAUCAUAGCAGAUCACAGAGUGUUCGGACGCCUGGCAGCAAAAGCACGGUACAAUUGCACUUGGGACCCAACGGCAUACCCAAAAACCGUUCCAACCAACUUACCUUGCCACAACAGAGGUCUAGGGUGGCUAGUAUGCCAAAUACUGGUGUUGAAGAGGAAUACUAUCGAAUCCGACAGUUUUCAAUUUCUGGCAAAGGGAUCAUCAACAGAGGGGAUUCCCUAAAAAGUCGAAGAUCAAAAUCAAACAACAGUGUUGCAUCAAGCAAUUCAAGCACUGAACACUUGACGGCCUCCAACUACACGGUGAUCGGGGUCGGCUGCGGUGGUGCUGGUGGUGGAGGUGGAGGUGGAAGCGGCUCUUACCCGGGUUCGGCGAGAACCAGUGCCGGCACGUCGUUAGCGUCUUCCAGAGAGUCCAGUUGCGCCAGCUGUCCAGGCAUCACACAGCCGUUUCGCAUAGCCAUGUUGGGUGCCACAGGUGUCGGCAAGACGUCUCUGGUGUGUCAGUUCAUGACAUCCGAGUCACUGCACAUUUACGACGCUUCCAUAGACGAAGAUGGAGAAAAAUCUGUUUCUGUAUUAUUGGAUGCAGAAGAGUCGGAGUUAAUUUUUUUGGAUAAGUCUAAUGCGCCGGCCGACUGUAAUGACGUGUUCGAGGAGUCCCCGCAUGCCUAUUGUAUUAUCUACUCGAGAAAUGAUUGGGAUAGCUUCAAACAAGCCGAAGAAUGGCUACAAGCUUUGUGGAAAGCAGAUAUAGUCAGAAAUAAAGCUGUGAUAUUAGUUGGUAACAAAAACGAUAUCGUGAGACCAAACGUCGUGCCGUCAGGAGUUGGCAAACAGAUGGCCACUCGGUAUGACUGCAAGUUCAUCGAGACAUCGGUGAUCAUCAACUUCAAUGUGGACGAAUUACUGGUUGGCAUACUGACGCAGAUACGAUUGAAGUUGGACCAACCGCCGGAACAUGGAGUGACCAGGUCUUCAUCGAUGCGAAAACGCUCCAAGUCACCGUUGGGAAAUUGCGGGCCAACGUUCAAGAAAUACAGGGGAUCCCGAACGUCUACCAGCCUUCGGGUGAAAGGGUUGUUAAGCAAGGUGUGGGCCAGAGAUUCCAAGUCGAAGUCGUGUGAAAACCUACACGUGCUCUAAUCUCGAAUUCGGAAAAAAAAAAAAAAUAAUUUUUUUAUUAUUUAGGAACAUUUUGUAUUUUUCAUAUCAUUAUGUUUUGCAAAACAAAAAUCUCUCUUUAAGAAAUGUUUCCCUAUAACCUUGGCAAAACGAUCAAAUCCCUAUCGGCGUGUAGCGUAUACAUGUUUUCAUAAUAUGUUACCUGUCUUUUUAUAUAUUUUUAUUGCUAUUUUUUUUCCUUUUAUUGUAUUAACAUCAUAUGAAGGCUGACCGAACCAAUCAAAGAGAAAUCCUCAACACCAUUCCUAGCUUUUGGAUUUAAGUUUGCAAUAAUUACAAUCUGAUCAAAAAACACGACAUUUAAGUUCAGCUUAUUAUUUUAAUCAUUUAAUUUCCAGAGACGACUGUGGAAGUAAACAGAAAACUAACUUAUUCAUACAGUACUUGUUGAUAAGUUCACAAGAACGGCAGAAACGUGCUUUUGUGUAAAUAUUGGUAGUUAGAUCACAUCAGAAGUCUAUGUAAGCCUCGUUUUGUCUUUUAGUGGGCAAUUCAUUUUUGAGCAAAAACUCUGAAAACGGUUCUGAUCAUAAUUCGAUGCUAAAUAAUUAUAAGAUUUAGUUAAAAUAUUGAUAUAACUAUAAGUCGUAGGAAUAACGUUAAUCCGAGUGCAACUACUACCUACAACGACAUGCCAGAGGAUUAUGAUGAAUUAUUGAUUAACGAUGAUAUUUCAUGGCUCGGAUAGGUAGUAGUUUUCUUGGAUACUAGACAUAAUAUUAAUUUAAAUUUAAUACUAUAAUCAUCUAAUUUUAAAUGGGUUUUGAAUUAUUAUUUCGUUUUAAACGUUACGCGUUUUUUUAUUUGUUGUUUUUACAGUCAUUAUUCUGACGAUAAUGAUGAUGGUUUUAAGGGACCAUUACUGUCAUUAUUAUUGCGAUCGCGUUCGUAAACAUAUUCAUUUUAUCUUUUAUAAAAUGUUGUUAGAACGCGUAUUUUGUAUUGCCAGCAGAAUCGGGGACCAUGUAAUAUUGUUAGAUAGUAGUUGUACGCAAAUAAACGUUUUAUUACGUAUUGCGUAUAAAUUAAUUUGCAAAUUAAGGUAGUUUUUUGUAACUGUAAUAUAUUUCUUUUCUAUUGUUUCCAAACUUACCAAACGUUUUUCACGAGUUUUCACGUUCACUUGAGUAACUACGCUCAUCUCUUUCUCUCAUAUUUCUCAUCGUCGUUUUCUUUGGUCUUUUACAUGACACCAAGCAACAUUAUGAAAAAAGUGUCGGCAUGUGUAAAAAAAAAUAUAAUAUAUUAAAAUUAAAAUUAAAAUAAUUUAAUAACGCGUAUCAAGUGGUUUGGAAAAUGUUUCGUCUUUGAAUACAGAAUUCAAAAAAUAAAAUAUAAACACGGUCUUGGGAAAUUGUCUUUUUUCUUUUUACAAAUAAUUCAUUUAAAAUGUCCGUAAGUUAUCUCAACCAUAUAAAUGGGUACGAAUAAUGGCUAUUUUCUCCAGUGGUACUAAAAGUGUUAAUAGUACCUAAAUACUGAAUAACAUGUGUUUUUUUCAAAUGUUUAAUAACAAUAAACAAAUCCAUAACUAAAAAAUAUAAAUGUAACGCAUAUUUUUACACCUUCGUGUUUAUUUCAAUAAAAUAUUCCCUAUGAAUGAUAUUUUAAGAGCUACUUGGUUGGUUCAACUGUUUGAAACAAAUAAUAUACAAUUAUUUCAAAAUAUGUAUCGUUAUAAUAAAUCAUGAUGACACCAAUAUUCUACAGAUGGCCACAAUUCGUAACGAAACUAAUCUAAAACCUUAUCACGUCAUGUACUUAAGCUUAAGUGAUUUUCCUAUAAGUACAAUCCUUUGACUCGUGUUCCCUAACAUACGUUAAUGGUAAAUAUUUUAAGGUCUAAACAAGAUAUAACAUGCACGAUGCACAGUCUAACACUAAAAUAUUAUACCUAAUUGAUAAAUGAUUAUAGUCACCAACCGUGUUUGGCCCAUAAACUAUUUUAAGCACUUGUUGUCUUAUUUAUUGAUCAAUUUGGUCAGGCCUAUAAACCUAGUCUUGGCAUUACGAAUUGCUCAGAGCCAGGUGUAAACUGGCCAACGAAUAAGACACUAUUUUUUAGACUUUAGUUUAAUAUUGUGUGCGUAUUACUCGCUAAUAUGCGUAGGAAUUAUUAAUUCAUUUUAAAGGGUAUAUUUUUCGUAUUGUUUUACGUAAGUUUAUAGCAUUUUCUUUGAAUAACAUAUAAGGUUAUAAAUUAUAAUAUGGUGUUCGCCUAUAUUAUAAUAUAGGUAGGCAUAUAAGCUUAAUCGAUUCGUUUUCUCCAUAUGAUUCUUACAUUGUUUUUUUUUUUUAAGUUAAUGCAUAAAUGCACAC